AUGGUAUUGGAAUGCGAAGAUCGGUGUAUGGAAGGGGCGGGCCCUACUUUGUCUGCCAUGUGUCUUGUCCUUCGCUUCUACAACAUAGGAGCUGUUGGUUCUCACCGCGGCAAACUCGCUGAGCCUAUUGGCUCAUUACUCGACCAAGCGCUCGAUGGGCUAUAUUUGUGGAUAUCGUCUAUAAGUGUAGGCCUGGAUGCUGGCUUACAAGAUGCCGGUACCUCAUUCAUCGCCGCACCAGCCAAGGCAGCGAAAGCCUCAUGUGCGGUUGACGGGUACUCUCCCUGCAGUAGCAGCUUACCUGCCGACUUCUGUUGCCCCUCGAGCACUACUUGCGUCUCGGUUGCAUCGAAUACAACCGCGAUAUGCUGCCCCAAGAGUCAGAUCUGCGAUGAAAUCCAGCCAAUAACCUGCGACAUCGACAAGCAGAAUGUCACAGCUUUCCCCGAAAGCCCACUCCAUACAACGAACCUUGAGGAAUCAUUGCCCACAUGCGGCAAGGGCAAUUGCUGCCCUUUUGGUUAUCGAUGCAACAGCUCCGGCAACUGCGAAAUCGUCAAGAAACCGACAAAGACCUUGACGACGACAACUUCCCAUACUUGGUCGCCGACCACCUCGACAGUUCGCAGGACAUCGGAGUCUACUUCUUCAUCACCUACAACCACACCUACAACAACUAACACUACAGAUACCACUGUGUCGGCAGUGGACUCCGACGAUCGGCCGUCGUCAUCAAACACAAAAACUGGCGUGGCUGUGGGAACCGCAUUCGGUGCCUUUUCGGUGGUUGGUGCUUUGUUUUAUUGCUGGUUUUGGCGAACGAAGGGGAAGCCUGUGGUCAACGCGUUUGGGCUUGCGAGAAAACAGCAGAACAUUCGUUCACCCCAAAUGCAAGAGCUCUCGAGGUUGCCUACGUGGAAAAAUCAAAAUGGUAACCUUGGGUCAGAAUGGAAAGAACCGUCCAGAGUUAUGGGGGAGGCAAUUUUUGUGGCAGAACUUCCUGCAACGCCUGUAUCAUUCAGUGUCUGGGAUAGGGACCUCAAUGUGGCACCUGUAAAGCCGAAGCAUCAGUACAAGGCUUACUCGAGACAAUCUUCCAUUCAGCCAGGCGAUGUUUUCAAAGACGUUGGCAGGUAA